AUGAAGCAUUUAUCUUCUUAUUUUGUGGCUACUUAUAAUUCAAAAGUAUUUUUCUAUGUUUUUGUUCUGUUAUGGGCUGCCUGUGAGGGAGUGAUAAAGCUACCAGAAAAUACUACAGUGCCUGCAAUAUUUGCAUUUGGAGAUUCCAUAGUUGACCAAGGAAACAACAAUGGAAUCAAGACAUUGAUUAAGGCCAAUUUUAUGCCUUAUGGAAAGGAUUUUGAAGCUGGGGUUUCUACAGGAAGGUUUUGCAAUGGAAAGACACCACCAGACUUGAUUGCCGAAGAACUAGGGAUUACAGAGAUCAUACCCGCUUAUCUUGACCCAAAUUUGAAACUCGAGGAUCUUAAAAAGGGUGUAAGCUUUGCUUCCGGAGGUUCUGGAUACAAUCCCGAGACUCCUAAAUUAGUGUCAGUUAUAUCAUUAUCAGAUCAAUUAGAAUCAUUUAAAGAGUACAUUGGGAAGCUCCAAGGGGCUGUUGGAGAAGAAGAAACACACAACAUUUUAACCAAUAGCCUCUACAUCGUGGUAGCAGGCAGUGAUGAUCUUGCCAAUACCUACUUCACACUUGGUGUUAGCAAGUUGCAGGACAUAAAUUCCUAUACUGAUCUUAUGGUUUCUUCAGCUUCAAGUUUCGUUCAGGAAAUAUACAAUCUUGGAGCAAGAAGAAUUGCUGUUUUUGGUAUCCCACCAAUAGGAUGUUUGCCAGCUCAAAGAACCCUAGCUGGUGGUGGUGUUAGAAUGUGUGUGGAAAAGUAUAAUCAGGCAGCACAAUUGGCUAAUUCCAAGUUUUCAUCUGAAUUUGAUUCACUUGCUGAAAAGUUACCUGAAUCCAAAGUGGUUUACAUUGACAUUUAUAACCCUGUUCUUGAUCUCAUUCAAAGGCCUCAAAAUUAUGGGCUUGAAGUAACAGAUAGAGGAUGUUGUGGCACAGGAAAUAUAGAAGUGGCAGUAUUGUGCAAUAAAUAUAGUGGAACAUGUCCAGAUGACACUAAGUAUUUAUUUUGGGACAGUUACCAUCCCACAGAGAGAGGCUAUAGAGCUCUUGUUGAUCAAAUCCUUCAAAAAUAUGUUAACAGAUUCUUCUGA